AUGGGGCUGGAUCUGGACGCGUGGAUAGAGAAGGUGAAGCGGUGCGAGUACCUCAUGGAGGACGAGCUCAAGCAGCUCUGCGAAUACGCGUCAAUCGCGCAUACAGUGUUUAAUUCACGUCGUGCACGUGAAGAAGAUUCCCGUCGCAGUCGACCACUCGCUACCCCUCGCUCUCCCUCUCUUUUGCAGUCCCCUUGUCUCGUGUCGGUCUCCCACUCGCCCCUGCGCAGGGCGGACAUGCGUCAGCCGAUUGUGCAGCCCGCGGCACCUCAUCAACGCGUCUCCCGCUCACCCCACCGCACCGCGUCCCUCUGUUGUGCUCCGCCCCGUUUCGCCGUGCGGUCCGCGGCGGCGCAUGGGUGGCAGGUGAAGGAGAUUCUGGUGGAGGAGUCGAACGUGCAGGCGGUGAACAGCCCCGUGACGGUGUGCGGCGACAUCGACAGCCAGUUCCACGACCUCAUGAAGCUCUUCGACACCGGCGGCCCCGUGCCCUCCACCAACUACAUCUUAUGGUGCGUGACGGCUUCAUCCUUCUUCCCCACUGCCCUGCUCCCCACUGCCCUGCUCCCCACUGCCCUGCUCCCCACUGCCGUCUUCCCCACUGCCGGCUUCCCCACUGCCGUCUUCCCCACUGCCGGCUUCCCCACUGCCGUCUUCCCCACUUCCCUUGGGUCUUCCAUUAUCAAUUCAUUGUCUGCUCUGCCCGUGCACCCCCCCUCGCUGUCGUGGCACGUGGUGAUGGGCGGGGCAGGGCGACUUCGUGGAUCGCGGGUACAACAGCCUCGAGGUCUUCACCGUCCUCAUGCUGCUCAAGGCCAGGUGCGAGCAACGCCCGCCAGGUGCGCUCAACGCCAGGUGCGCUCAACGCCAGGUGCGCUCAACGCCAGGUGCGCUCAACGCCAGGUGCGCUCAACGCCAGGUGCGCUCAACGCCAGGUGCGCUCAACGCCAGGUGCGCUCAACGCCAGGUGCGCUCAACGCCAGGUGCGCUCAACGCCAGGUGCGCUCAACGCAAGGUGCGCUCAACGCCAGGUGCGCUCAACGCCAGGUGUACGGGUUCUACGACGAGUGCCAGCGCAAGUACGGCAACGCCAAUGCGUGGCGCUACUGCACGGACGUCUUUGACUUCCUCGGCAUCUCCGCCAUCAUCGACGGCCGCGUGCGCCCCCUGCCCUCCUGCCCCUUGUGCUGCCCUCCUGCCCCUUGUGCUGCCCUCCUGCCCCUUGUGCUGCCCUCCUGCCCGUUGUGCUGCCCUCCUGCCCCUUGUGCUGCCCUCCUGCCCCUUGUGCUGCCCUCCUGCCCCUUGUGCUGCCCUCCUGCCCCUUGUGCUGCCCUCCUGCCCCUUGUGCUGCCCUCCUGCCCCUUGUGCUGCCCUCCUGCCCCUUGUGCUGCCCUCCUGCCCCUUGUGCUGCCCUCCUGCCCCUUGUGCUGCCCUCCUGCCCCUUGUGCUGCCCUCCUGCCCCUUGUGCUGCCCUCCUGCCCCUUGUGCUGCCCUCCUGCCCCUUGUGCUGCCCGCCAUAAUGUGCUCCCUCCAUGCUCUCUCCCACGCUCUUGCCCUUCUGUGCCCCGCAAUGCUGUGCGAUCACUGUUUCUCUCACGAGCGUCCCUGCCUUUUCCGGUCUCUUUUCCAUCCUUCCGCCAGGUGCUGUGUGUGCACGGGGGCCUCUCACCUGACGUCCGAACACUGGAUCAGGUGCUGCACUUCUCUCCUUCUCCCACUCCCUCUCGCCCUUCUGCUGCCUGCCUCGUUCCACCUCUACAGUCCAAGUCUCGUUUCUCUCUGUGUCUUCUCCUCUCAUUGUUGCCGCACCUCACAAGCACUU